CUAAGUACAAAUCGAGUAUCCUUCAGCCAUUCAAAAUGUCGGCAUCCUUAAAUGCGCUGUAUGGGUACAAGUCUAUAGCUGUAUCUGAUGAUUUAUCUGUAGCUGUAGGAUCUGAGAAGAUUCUAAACUUCUUUAGGUUGACCUGCAAGACUGCAUACACCAGUGGAACAUUUGUUUUGAAUAAAAGUGUGUUAGAAUAUGACGAUAAGCACUAUUACCCUGAUGUUGGGGUGCCAGACCACAGACUUACUUCUGAGAUCAAAAGUCAGUUCUUUAGCAAAUGUGAUGCAGGAGCUACUUUCCAUAUAGAUGGCACAAUUGGAAGUCCUACAGGAUCAUUAUCACAAGUGCUUGUACAUUCACUUCCCAGGUCGCUUUGCUGGUCACCCAAGGGCUGUUCUGCUACAGGGGGUUGUAUUUUGGCAUUUCUGAGGACUGACCAUAGGUUGACCUUGUAUGCAGAAAAAAGAAUCAGUAAUUGGGUCCAGGUGGCAGAUGUUUCCUCCCUCUUACACAAGUAUGUUAAAAGCAAAAGGUACAAGAUUACACCAGAUGCUGGCGAAAGUAGCAGUAAUAUUGUAAAGAUGGCUAUUAAUAGAUUUGCUAUGUUCUCUGUUGAAGAUAUGGCUUGGUCGGGAAUUUAUAAGGAACCAGAUGGAACACAAGGUGCAGCCUACAUAGUGCUAGCUACAUAUUCUAGACAUGGUCUGAUUAUCUUCUGGAAGUGUUCACUACCCUUCCUAUCAGAAGGCAAUAUAUCAAUCUGUGGUGUUGUAGAGAGUGGAAUAGAUUGGCCUUCAUCCAUCAAAUGGGAGCAAUACUCAACAACAUUUGAGAACAGUUUACUUGCCAUUGGAAACACAGAAGGACAGGUUAAGAUUUGGAAUUUAAAAAUUGACCAUACAGAGGUAUCUGAUUCUCAAGUAACAUUAGUGGCAGAGUUGGAAUUGUGGGAGAAAGACCUGAUCCCUGUUUCUUGUUUUUACUGGGCCACCGUUAAUGGCAAUCAAGAAGGCCUACAGAGACAGACUUGUCAUAGAUUAAUCGUUGGUAAAGGCCAACACAUCUUGGUGUUUGAUUUGUAUAUGGAUGAAAACAGCUCCCUUAAGGUGAAACGGCAAGGCCAUACUCAUGCUCUGCACUCAACACCAAUUACUGGUCUGAGUGCCCAUGGAGACACAAUCACAGUUAUUAGUGAGACACACAUGAAACAAAAGAUACUUAUUAAACAAGAAUCUGGGUCGUUCCUCCUCGUCCCAACUGUUGUUGAAGCGCCCCGAAUAAGGAAUAAUUACAGUCACGGUACAUCCAUGUCACCUAAUGGCGCCAUCUCUGCUGAAUUAAGCACACAUAUUCAACGAACCCAUAAACGCCACACGAUUGAUAGUUUGGUAUUGAACUGGGAACUUGACCCUGCGAUAAUAAACGGCCACCUUCUAAACCCAUCAACAGCUGAUAUUGCCGAUAGGUUGGACUUCCUAGAGUUCUUCCGCCAGUCAAUUCUAAAUCAUGAAGAGAUUAAACUACCAGCUCUACGGGAUCUAGAUAAAAUUGAUAAAGACAAAUAUAAAUACUUCCGUCAACUACAUCUGUUCUACUACAAGUUAAAAUUAACCUGUGCAAGCAAACAGCCUCAUCGUCUUGGGGAGGAAGAGCAUUAUCAACAAACUAUCAAAAAAUUAGAUGUUGAGGUGGAGAAGAUAACCAAAAGCCUUUUAGCUGACCACUUAGUGGGCUCCCUUCGGUUCUGGCAAGUUUCACCGCAAGUGAUACAAACAGAGGAUGCCUUGUCCAUACAUCUGGCCCUCAAUUGGCUGAUUGGGUGCAACACAUUAAAUGAGAUCCAGGACAAGAUAAUUGUUAAAAAAGUGUAUGAAAAGUUAAGGAAGGAGAAUGCUCAAAGUUCAGCUGCUGAGGUCUGCUGCUUGUGUUCAAGUAAUAUCCCAUUUACCAACAUAUUUGAUGGAAAAUGCAAAAACAAACAUAAAUGGAGACGAUGCAGCCAGUCUUUGCGCCUGUGUCAGCGGUCACCAACUAAUUACUGUGAGGUCUGCGGAGCCAUUGCAUUGAAGCCUGGAGAAGGUAGCUGGUACAAGAUGGUUUUGCGGAGUACAUGUUUGAACUGUGGAGGGCGUAUGGUACCUUGGUGAAAUCAUUUUAUGCAAUAAACAUUUUUUAACCAUUUUCAUUCUAAAUAUUAUAACUUUUAACUGAUAAGGAGCAAGUUAUAAUAAGUUUGAUCUCCCAAUUUAUAUUUUAUUUUUAUCACACACACAUUCUGGACUAUGUGAAAUCUUGGAAGAAUAGCAACCUUGAUAAUGGAGGGUACUGUCUGUUUAUUUUAUACUUGCUUCUUGUAAACCAGUUUGCUUGAUUUUGCAGUUACUAGCCUAGGCUAGCUGGAUCAUGUCAUAAUUUGCCACAUUGUUGAUCAAAGCAGUCUUUGCAUAAACAUUGUAAAAACUUGCUGCCGCAUUGAGUCGUACAUACAGUAUUUGCAGUAUGACUUGUCCUAGAUCUAGGUUAGUGGGUCUUGAGCAACAUUAGCUCAAGUUAAGUUUGGCCCCCUGACGUUAUUUGAAUUUUUUUCAAGUUUAUUGCCUAGUGUGCAGGCGUAUAGAAAACUUUUAUCUAUAAAACUCAGAUUCAUGUAUAUUAAAUUAGAUCUAAAUUUGUUGUAACAAAUUUACUUAACAGAAAAGUGGUCGCUUAGUGAUGAAAAGCACUAUAAAUUACAAAUGUGUAUGAAAUAAUAGACAAUAUAAAUAAUACCUGAGUUUUCUAGAUGUCCACGACUCAGAUACUACUUAUAUUGUGUAAUAUUAUUCCCUACUCAUUUGUGAUUUAUAGUGGAUUUUUUUAUCACUCAGUGACCGAUUUUCCGUUAAGUAAGGCAAGUUGUUUUGUUACACGUAGAGAUAAACUCAAUAAUACUUCAUGUAUAAAAACAUUAAAGAAGUGGACUCCAGGGCUCCUGUGUUGUCAUGUAAGUAUGUGUAUGUAUAUUAAAAUAUGUAGGUCUGAGUUUUUAGAUCUAGAAAGCUCAAAACUAUUAUAUAAUACUUCAGUUGCUUAGUUUGUAUAUUGAAGCAAAUUAUUUGAAAAUUUAAACAAGAGUAUUUAUAUUACUUAAAUAACAGAUACAUAAAUAUUGCCAUACUUAUUUUUAUUUUUAUAUUACCUUAUUUGUAUUUUUGAAUUGAAAUAUCUAUAA